GUGUUUCCAGAAGUCGAGAUCACGUUUCGCGUUAUUAACGACAUCCUCGCGUGGGUUGUUUUGUCCACCUUGACGUUAAAAGACCGACGGUUGUCGGCAACGAACGAUGUGUGCGUGCGAAAAACGAAAACGAUAACAUUUAGCCCUAAACGUUUCUUGCCGAACUUCAGUGUACGGAUGCAGUGUUGAGGAUGCGCCAGUGUCUUCUAUAGGAGGUUGAGUGCUGUGCAGAGUGACGGACAUGCCUGAGUUCCGACGGCUGGCAUCAAGUGUGAAGAAAAAGAAGUCACUUUCGCCGACUCAGUUACUGAGUCAGUCGCACAGUUCCAUUUACUUGAUGCGAUAACGUUUUAGAUGCAUCUAAGCUCAGUACAAUUGGCGUGCGCGCUCCUGACGCUGGCGCUCGCCGCGGCGGGCGCGCCCCCCGCGGCGACGCCGCACCACGUCGCCCGCCGCUCCUUCUUCAACCUCCAGUGCAAGGGCGUCUAUGACGCCGCCAUCUUCGCUCGCCUUGACAGGAUCUGUGACGACUGCUAUAAUCUGUUUAGGGAGGCGCAGCUUUAUACUUUAUGCAGGCAAGACUGUUUCACGACAGAGUACUUCAAGGGGUGCGUCGAGGUGUUACAAGAACAAGACCAGCUAGAGCUCUUCAAGACAUAUAUAAAACAGUUACAUGGGGCGGAUCCAGGGAUUUAGGGCCAAAUGUUUCACCACGCCCUACUUCAAGGGCUGCAUGGAGUCUCUGUACCUCUACGACGAGGAGGAACAAAUAGAUCAAAUGGUGGACUUCGUCGGACGCUAACGCACUCAACGCCAUCUAGCGCGCGGAGCGGUCAACCAGCGCACAUAAUACUCGCUCCGUCGUCACUAUCGCCAUCUAGCGCGCGGAGCGGUCAACCAGCGCUCACCACUCACGCUCCGCGGUCACCAUCGCAAUCCCUGACCGCUCGGACGCUACCACCUUGCGUAUGCGGUCAACGCAACCGCGGCGGUCACAGCGGUCGCCAUCGCAGAAGCAGAAUGUCACGUUCCUCCUGCUUUCUAUCCUCAACGUAUUCUAGUCUAUUAUGCGGCAUAAAUUUAUUUAUGUUUGCAACUAAUGUAAUGUUAUCAUAAUUCGUAUUUAAGGACAUUUAUUAUUAUGUAUUUUAUUAAACGAAAUGUAUAUUUUAUUAAGUGUUGUGUGUAAGCUUAGCCAAGAAGUAGUACAUAAAACAGUCCACCUCCUAGGUACUGUGUGACAGCUUCCCGAAGAUGCUGGCCAUCUGACUUGAACGAAUUCGCGACGCAUUCCAAAACCAGUAUUUUUUUAAACAUACGCUUUUUUUACUGUUUAGGACAAAACAUAGACCUAACAUACAUGUACCCUGUAAUGAUAAGAAUCACACAAGUGGCUUAAAGUUUUAUAGGAAUAUUGUCAACUAGGUAUUUACAUUUUUAACUCCCCAAAUUUUUCCCAUUACUAACCUACAAUUAAUAUUUAGAUCGUGUAAGUAUUUUGAACAAAAUAAAUUAUUUAAAAUGCCCCAAGUCCCAAUAUCACACACCAUAUCCUAUUCAAAUACAUUCUACAGAUUUCAUGAAAACUUAACAGACGUUAUAAACAUCACAAAAUAUCUUAAAUAAAACUAUUGUCUGUUUAUUGCUUUUAUACUGAAAAUAAUUAUUUUUCGCUGUAAUUAAAUUCCUCGCUUAACCGUUAAGUGUUAAAGGGGGCGAGGUUGAAUUUAUUUAGUUAUUUAAUUUAGUUUUAAGUAUUUAUAAAGAUUUAUUUUUAUAUACUUCCGAACUAUUUAUUGUUAUGAUUUAUUUAUUUGCACAAAGGAAUAAGCAGCUAUAGGUGCCAGUUAAAGUAGUAUUUGAAUCGGUAUUAUUUAAAAAAUUAAUUGUUAAUCUAAAAGGGUGUAUUUUAUCUCACAAGGUGCUAACAAUCCAGAAAUAUAAUAAUUAAACAACAUCAAACUGAAAUUGAAUUGUUACUAUCACCUAUUUAUAUACUGAUCUAUACACAGCGGUUUAUACUUAUUUAACAAAACUUUCGCUUGUCUCUCCGAAUCUCACUUUAAUUCUAUUAGCUAAAUAAAUAAAAUAAUGUAUUUAUUGACUCAACAAAUACAUUAUUUUGUUAGAUUUGCGCAUUGCGUAUAUGUAGGACCGAGGUGCCAAUAACCGUAGUAACUAUUGGUUAGAGAUAUGUAGAGGACCUGUGGUAUUAUUGUAAAGAAUAUAAAUUUAGUAAAGUAUACUCUAUUUGUAUAAAUUUUAUAAAAACAGCCAAGAAACGCUACGGGUUCCGUGAAAUAUAUUUCAUUUCGAAAAUCA